UAUUUCCCACACCAGAUAGAUCUAUGUUGGAAUAGCUGUGAAAAUUUUCGAAAGGGGUGUAUCGUAAAGAAUACCUGUGGACUAGUAAUUUUUGAUGUGGAGGAGCUUUACCUUAUGCUUGCAACUUUUCAGCCCGUACCGUACCGCAGUCUUCUACAGGAGAAAAUUGAACCCGGUCAGACAUUGAUUAUCAAAGGAUCGACAAUCGAUGAGUCCCAGAGGUUCACCAUCAACCUUCACUGUAAAUCAGCCGACUUCUCCGGAAAUGACGUUCCACUCCAUAUUUCAGUGCGCUUCGACGAGGGAAAGAUUGUCAUGAAUACUUUCGCAAAUGGCGAAUGGGGUAAAGAAGAGCGCAAAUCGUGCCCGAUUAAGAAAGGAGACUCGUUCGACAUCCGAAUCCGUGCCCAUGACGACCGUUUCCAGGUAGUCAUCGACCAGAAGGAGUUCAAAGACUACGAACAUCGUCUCCCACUCUCCUCGGUCACUCACCUUUCGAUCGAUGGUGAUCUUUAUUUGAACCAUGUGCACUGGGGAGGGAAAUAUUAUCCUGUGCCAUAUGAGAGCGGAAUCGCAAGCGGUUUCCAAGUCGACAAAACACUUCUGAUCUUCGGCACCGUCGAGAAGAAAGCGAAACGCUUCAAUGUCAAUCUGCUCAGAAAAAACGGUGACAUUGCACUCCACUUCAAUCCACGAUUUGAUGAAAAGGCAUAUAACUGUUCUGGAAGUCGAUUCGUAGUCAAAUAUGAUGUAGUGACAAAAUUAAAAAUAAAUGUGGAAUUCUUCUUUCAGGCUGUUGUUCGAAACGCUCUUCAAGCAAAUGAAUGGGGUAACGAGGAGAGAGAAGGAAAGAUGCCAUUCGAGAAGGGCGUCGGUUUCGACUUAGCCAUAAAAAACGAAUCCUUCGCAUUCCAGAUCUUCGUGAAUGGAGAGCGCUUCACAUCGUUCGCACAUCGUAGCGAUCCGAAUGAUAUCAGUGGUCUACAGAUCCAAGGUGACAUCGAGCUGACCGGUAUUCAAAUUCAGUAG